AUGACUGAAAAGAUGUUAGUAAGGGCACUGAAAGGUGGUAAAAAUACUAAGAUUGUUACUUUGAGUGGGAAGAAGAUUACAAAGAUGCCCUCAUCAUUAGAUAAACUGCCUGGCCUCAAGACCUUAAACCUUCAGAAUAACCGAAUUUCCAAGGUGUGCUCAGAGAUAAGCACCUUGACCCAGUUGACAGUACUAAAUUUGGGAAAUAAUCUUUUAGAAGAAAUUCCAGAAGAGAUGAAAUACCUUACAUCCCUGAAGAAGCUUCAUUUAUUUGGAAAUAAGAUUUGUAAAUUUGCAUCUGGAGCAUGUGAUGGCUUACAGAAUUUGAUUCUGCUUAAUCUGAACAACAAUGAGCUGGCAUGGGUUCCUCAAGAAAUCAGCAGAUUAAAAAACCUUAAAUAUUUGAGUAUAAAUCAUAACCAGCUAGCCAGCAUUCCUAAAGAACUUUGUUUUCUUAAGAAUCUUUUUGAACUUCACCUUAACUACAAUCAGCUCAUUUGCAUACCUGAAGAGAUUAAGUUCUUGAAGAAGCUCCAGAAGCUUCUUCUGGUCAGGAACAAUAUUGAAGUUCUGCCAAAGGGAGUUUGUUGUCUUAAAAACCUAAGAAUCCUAGACAUAGCUGGAAAUAUUAUUCAGACAUUUCCAUCAGGAUUUCAGAACCUGAAGCUGAGGGAAUUCUACUGUGAAGGAAACCCUCUGUUCCUGAAGGAGCCAGUUACCUCUGUACAACAGGAUGAUGUCUGGAGUCUACAGGAAAUAACAUCAAGAUUUAUAAUGAAUGAGCUCUCAGAAAAGAAUCCUUUUGUAAUGCAAGCUAUAACAUGGCACCCACUGGUCAGGAACAUAAUGUCUCAGAGAAGAAAAUGUGCAAUAUGUGAAAAGUACUUUUUAACAAUAUGGCUGGAAUGUGUUGAAUUUGUUCCUCCAUCAAAGAAAUGGAAGAUAAGCAGAAAUCUACAGCUGGUACCUCUUCAAAUAUUAAUUUGUUCUUACACAUGUUUUAAUCAACGCGGCCCUAACCUCUUUGGAAUUGCUCAAGUGUAG